UGCACACCUGCUUUGACUUGACUGUGGUGUUUCUGCGGGUGCAGAGCUGGACGCGGUGGAUAGCAGCAGCUGGAUAGAAACCUUUAAAGAUGGCCUCAGCAACAGCGACCUACGGGCAGAAGGAGUCUUCGGACCAAAACUUUGACUACAUGUUCAAGAUCCUCAUCAUUGGCAACAGCAGUGUGGGCAAAACCUCCUUCUUGUUCCGCUACGCCGACGACUCCUUCACGCCGGCCUUUGUCAGCACGGUGGGCAUCGACUUCAAGGUGAAGACCAUCUACAGGAAUGACAAGAGGAUCAAACUACAGAUCUGGGACACGGCGGGUCAGGAGCGUUACCGCACCAUCACCACGGCCUACUACCGAGGAGCCAUGGGCUUCAUCCUCAUGUACGACAUCACUAACGAGGAGUCCUUCAACGCCGUCCAGGACUGGUCGACUCAGAUUAAGACGUACUCGUGGGAUAACGCCCAGGUGCUGCUGGUAGGAAACAAGUGCGACAUGGACGACGAGAGAGUGGUGGGCGGAGAUAGAGGCCGGCAGCUGUCUGAACACCUCGGUUUCGAGUUCUUCGAGGCCAGCGCCAAGGACAACAUCAACGUAAAGCAGACCUUCGAGCGCCUGGUCGACAUCAUCUGUGAAAAGAUGUCCGAGAGCCUGGACGCCGGAGAUCCCGCCGUCACAGGGGCCAAACAGGGGCCCCAGCUGACAGAGCAGCCUGCUCCUCCUCACCAGGACUGUGCAUGUUAAAGCUGACUACUCCAACCCCCCAAAACCCUUUUUUCUCCCUCCUCCUCCUUGUCCUCCUUCAGCUGGACCCCGGGGGCUUCGGUUCAAAUACUCCCAUCACCCUUUUCACUCACUUUCCUGCUUCUUUCUGUAACGAUCAUUGGAUGAGGGGCACAAGAACCAGGUUGAAAAGUGUCUGAAAUGCUCUGAGAUGCUAGUGGACCAGUAAUAGACGUCUGGUUCCUCAGGUGUUGGUCUAAUGCCAAGCUCAAUCAAAGCAGAGUGUUUCAGACUCUUUGCAAACCAGGUUCUUUGCAACCAUCUUCUGUUGUCUCCCUGUUCCUCAGUGUGGUUUUUACAAGAAGGAUUUGACGGCGUCCGUCCUCAGAGUGCCAUUUAAAUCCUUCCGAUGUUUACAGUACUUUGUUUCAUGUCAGUCAAAUGUCUUGGAAAGACGUCAGCCUCGGAGAGUGGGAGGGAUGAUCCAGCUGAAAUCUGCUCCGUACUGAUGUGUGACGUUUCUUUUUAGAUUCUGGAUGCACACAGAAUCAAACAUCCAUGGAUCUGUGUUUCAUUUGUUGUCUCACCUGGUAUCUAAACAUGGAUACUGCAGGUAUUAGCAUUUCAUUGUUCAUCUGAGCCUUUUCUUUUGACCUUUUUUUUAUGUUUUUGUAUUCUGGUACCCCGUUUAUUCUUUCAACACCGGGUGGGGAAAACAUGAACAAGAUAGAGUAAAAAAUAGCAAAAAAUGAAGAGACACAUUUUAUUUAAUUAUAUUUAUUUCAAAUGUACAUAUAAAUGUUGUGCAAUAUAUAUAAUAUCUACAGGUAUGCAUUUCUUGAAAUGAAUUUAAAAGGUAUGAAGUUCUAUGAGGAUAGUAUCAAAUAUAAGAGGUCUAUGUUGUUGGGUUUGUUUGGAUGAUGUGUGGAAUUGUUUGCACCCUCGGCAGCUCCUCCGCGAGUCGUUUCAUUUCCCUGUCGGUUUGGUCUCACGCUGCCCUCCAGAGACGUCCGAAAUUCAAACUUCCUGCUUAGAAAAAUACAGUUUGAGUCUGAAUUACAAGUCAGAGAAUAUACCAAUGUGUUUGUCAUCCUCCAAAUCCACUCAGGGUGAUUUCCUGCACUGCUGCCAACAAAGUGAAGCAUUUUCUAAUAUUAGAAGAAGGCCCUUGCGGGAGAAACUUGUGCUGCAUCAUAAAUGUUAUUUUAAGCCAAACAACGACUGUAGCAAAGCUGACAUCAAGAGAUUUUCAAAAUAAAAUAAAGAUAUGAGCUUGCAGAAGGCUCGAAUCUUUAUUUUAUUUUACUCCUGAUGAGCAAUAACAUCGUAAUUGACAUUGAUGCUUUUGUCCCAACAGCCUCACGAUGUUAUUGCUCCUGCUGUCUUUAACAGAAAAUGUACAAAUUUAAGGAUAUCUGAAAAGCUUUUUGUGCAACAGUUGUGCUUGCUAACAAUGGUACAUAUUGAUAUUACAGUAUUUUACACCGGGCAGAGAAAAUCCUGCAGGUGAUGCUAAGCGUUAAGGUUCAUCUCCCUGAUGGCUGUUGGGAUAGUCCCAGCUACUUUAUCAAAUAUCAAAAUUCCCUGUACCAUUAAUCAUUCAAACAUUCACCAUUCCCUAAAACAUGAUGGAAUGGGUUUGGAGGAUGCAAAAAAUUGUGUUUUGUUCAAUCAUUUUGAUGGUAUUUUGCCUUUAUCUGAUAGUUUGACCCUAUAGGGAGUGAAAGAAAACAUCAGGAGAGAAUAGGAUGACAUGUGACAAACAGCCAACGCUCAGAGAGUUCAUGUUUCCUUGCUUAUUGACAAACAGCCCAACAGUAAGCAACUUCUUCACAAUCAGUAUUACAGUCUGUUUGUCUGUUUGUGUGUAAUGUUAUCUCUAAUGCUCAGUCUUCAGGUGAAGUACGGACAGCACUGUUUAACAAGCACCGAACAGCUGGAGGCUGAAAUGUUCACAGACCAGGUUGCUGCUGAGUUUCAAUGCAGGAAUUAAAUGUUUUGUUUCUGAGGUUUUCUUGGUUACAACACUGCGUAACCACGCUACACUUCUACCAACCGCUGUCUUUGAGUUUUCAUAGCAUCACUCACUCUGGGCGUGCAUUAUCCCCCCUACACCAAACACUCAGAACGUGUUUGUUUACUGGUUUUAAUACAGUUUCCACCGUUAGAACUGGUUUGCUGGGUAUUCCUUCUUUUCACUUCACCAAAGAUUGCUGUAGAAGCAGCUCACUGUUUUUGCUGUAGGAUGCCAGAUUGAGCAGCAAGUUUAAAACUGUAAUAGAACAAGUGCUGUUUGGUGGGCUGAAGUGCAUUUUAUGAAUGUUAUGCUGGUGGGCGAUGCUGUCAGAAGUGUUUAAAUGCUCCAGUAAAAACAAAGAUAAAGUGGAUGGAUUGUGAGGGCAAAGCACUAUAAGAAUGUGAUUAAAGUAAAUCAGAUCCAGAAAAGCAUUUAUUUUGAGAGUAAUUGUUGCAUUAACUCAGAUGUAGCAGACAAACCUGAAAUCACAGAUGAGCCACGGACUAUUUGAGAAAAUGAGGCCCUAGUCAAAGUAUUGAUUAUUAUAAGAAAGGGAGCUAUGAUCACGACAAACCUGGGAGACGAUUUUGAUCCUGCGUAUAUUUUACUUCUUACUGGUUGUGACUGUUUCUUUUCCGGUAAAAUCCAAACUUUUAAAGUGUUCUCCUUUCUAAUAUGUCUUCCUCUCUAUAUAAACCUGAUCUGUAAAUACUGUAUCUUUGAGUCAUAUGUGUGGAUUGUGUUGUAUCGACUCAGGCUUGCAACAAAGAAAAAAAAAAAGAGGAGGAAAAAAAAGACAGUAAAAAAUAAACCCAAAAGAGCCAUGUUGUACUGUAUCUGCAUUCAUUACUAGGCCUGCUUGUGAAUGAAUGUGUCACUCUGUUACAAAAGCAAUACACACUGCAGUAUCUACACAAAAAAGAAAUGCCAUCAAGUUUGGUAGAAGUUGCCGACUUUAGAUCUUCUACUAGCACGCAGGAACAUGUACUUGAUUUGGUCUCGUAUCACUGCCUCCUCACAUCCUCCUCCGUUUGGGCCAUUAAGGUGAGAGAAUAUGCUGUGGAUGUUUUUAUCUGUACUUUGUGGUAAAACAAUAAAAAGUUACUAACAAUCA